AUGGAAUUGCAUUGGGAUACAAUAGAGUUUGAAUUUUGGUUAGAAGAUUUAAAAUAAAUAUAUAUAAAUACUUUUUAUUCAUUAAUUGUUGAAAAUAUUUUCUUUUAAUUAUCUAAAUUAAUUUACAAAGAUGAAGAAAAUUUUGAUUUAAAUUAAAUGAUAGAUCUAAUUUAAUAAAUUGAAAUUGAUAAUUUUAUUAAAUUAACACUACAAUUUCAGAUGUUUAAUAUUGUACUAACAUAUGCUUCGGGGUUCGAUAAGGUUAGAAAUAAGAAAAAAGAGAUAUCUUUAUUUAUAAUGAACAUAGUAUUAGAAUAUUAUAAAUAUGUUGCUGAUAAUAGAUUUCUUUGA